UCUGUGUCUCGCCACCGCACCGCUGCUGGGGAUUCUGACGGAGCCGUUGGCUACUACUUUUCCUCACGGGCUAAUCGGACUUGAGGCUAUCGAUUUCGUCGCGGGCGGGCAUGAAAAAAUAUACGAUUUUCUGCGCGUGUUCCUCGCUGUAUCUUGUAGCCAUGCAGUGCCUCUUCCCUAGGUUUCGGCCCGAAACCACGGUCAGCUUCUGCCCAUAAAAUUCAAAUCGUUGGGAGAAGCCCCGAAAUCGCGAAGUGUCGUUUAUUUCGCAGCGAGCCGCUCGUUUCGCCGUAAUCAGGCACGCGGACGAUGGCGAAAUCACAUUUUCACUGCGGGCAGCGGAAGUCAAAUUUCUCUCGCACCGCUCCCUUGCCCGGACCCUCCGUGCGAUUCGAUCGCCCUGCAAAAUCGUUUCGAAUGCUUGUUCGCUCUGAAAAUUUUGAGCUGGGCAGCAUGGCAGCGCAUAGUCAGAAAUUCCCGGAGUCUACGAGUCGGGCGGCAGUUCCAGAAACGUCGCUCCUCCCGUUCCGUCCCCCCUGCUGCUACUCCCCACAACCCUCCUCCCUCUCUCCUCUGCCUCUUGCCUCCUCUGCUCGCCUCAUCUACAAAUCCGCAGACCCACCACCCAGUCAUAUUCAGAGACGCAUUUCCAAUUCUCUUCAGUUCCUUCACUUAGAGUCUCUUCUCAGCAAGUUCGAGUCUGCCCAGCUAAGCUUCUGCUCGCCAGUUUCGUGAUAAUACCGCUGACGCUCUGCUCGCGAGGCUUUUUGCUUCUCGAUUAUUCCUCUUACUCAAGCUCCCCUAGCGUACAUGGCUGUUUCUGACCGGAUUGCUUUGCUGCAGUGGCGGCUUCUAGUCUCGCUGGCCUCUUCCACGGCUGUUGCUGACUCUCCGACGUUCUCUGAAGCUCUCAGCUUCUGGGAAAGCCGGGCUGCAUGGCUGCAGUCGGGAGGUCAAGCUUCGCUGGCCCCCAGAGCUCCGUGGCUGGCUGCAGAUGAGGACUCCUCAGAGGUGUCACGGGUUGAGGAGGCUGCAGAGGACUUCCCUAAGAAGAUCGAUAAGAGCAGUGAGUGCAGCAGCGACGCCAGCAUGACCAGCACGGCUGACAGCAGCAGCAUCAGCGUCGUCAGAUGCAGGAUCAACAUCCUCAACUACGACGCUGUGGCUGCUGCCAGCAGCACCUGCAGCAGUGGCUACAGGGGUGACUGUGACAAUGACUAUAGCGACUCAUUGAGUUCGUCCGCUGUGGCAGAUGCAGCAGGAAUUGCUGCUGCGCUUCUUGCUGCUGCUGACGCCGCCGCCGCUGCUGCUGCUGCUGUUGCUGCUGAUACCGCUGCUGCUGCUGCUUCUGCUGCUGCUCAUGCUGCUGCUUCUGCUGCUGCUGUUACAGUGGUAGCUAUGCCUGCUGCUGCUGUUACAGAGGUAGCUAUGCCUGCUGCUGCUGUUAUAGAGGUAGCUGUGCCUGCUGCUGCUGUUACAGAGAUAGCUGUGCCUGCUGCUGUUGAGGAGUCUGCUGCAGCAACCAAGAAACGGAUCACGAGAUUGUCAGCAGCCAGCCUUAGGUUGCUGCCAUCUCGCAUUCCCAAGUGUGGCAGCACACGGACAGCAGCUGUGAAGGCUACUCUUGAUGCAGACAAGAGGCAGCGGGGGAGAGCUGGUGGUGUGGAAUGUGGAGCAAGGAAAGGCUCGGCUAGGGUGCCAAGGGUAACGGCAGUGAGGCCUUCAUUGAGGCCUUGAAGGCUGCUAGGUGGUUAUUGCUUGGGUUACUGUACAUGCGAUGUUCCUAUGGCAUUGCCUAGUUGGCCUUGUACAUUAUUCCUUGUUUAGCUGUUGCAUGAAUCGCUGUCUUGGUAGCCAUGUUUUCUUCAGUAUGUACAUGCAAAGA